AUGGAUGAAAAGAAAGAACAAUUACAAUCAAAAUAUUUACAGAAUAAUUUGAUUGAUAUUGAAAACAAGUCUAUGUCGUCAGCAUCAUCAUUAUCACGAACAAUAAUUGUUGAAGAAGAAGAAGAACAACCAACGAAUGAAACAGAUUUAUCAAUUCAACAAAAUAUUUGUGUUUCAUCUAGAGAAAUGAUGGAAAGGCCUCUUCCAAUAGAAGGUGGUCCAAAACGCUAUUACACUGCAACAAAACCUCGAGAAAUAUUUGAAAUAUACCGUGACUCAAUUAUAGAACACAUUCGCAAGAAACAUCAUCAUGUAUCUAUUGAUAGUAACUUAGAACCAGCAGUUGGCUGUUUUCGUUCUCAUGGCUAUGGUGGUCAAUAUACUUUUGACUGCUAUAUAAACGAUGUUGGAGACGUGCAUGUCACAGUUAUUGAGCCAUUUGAAGCAGAUGAUGGCGAAUUAGCCAAUGAUAUGGCAGAAAGAAAACGACGAGCACAAAUCAGUUUAUAUUUUCGACGGCAAAUAAUACAACCGAUACAGUUAGAUUUAUCUGAAGGAAUUCCGAAAUCCGAAAGAGUUAAACACAAUUAUGAUCUAUCUCAAUAUGAAUAUGAAUGUCCUCAACAUCAAUAUACCACUCGAAUCAUUGAACGAAAACCGCUAAUUAUUUACAUUGAACAAUUUCUUACGGAAAAUGAAAUUCAACAUUUAAUUGAAUUAGCAGAACCAUUAUUUAAACCUACGAAAGUUUAUGAUAUAAACGAAAAAGUUUUCUCUGAUGAUCAUCCAACAUCAAGUUCAACAAAUAUCAAACGUCAUGCAACAUCUAUUGUGAAUUGUAUUGAACAGCGAUUUGCUGAAUUUCAAGGUGAUAUGGAUGCAAAACGUAUUGAACCACUUCACAUAGUAAAAUAUACAUCUAAUCAACAGAUGAAACCUCAUUUCGAUUGGUUUACACAACCAAAUCUAUUAAAAAAUGGUGGUCAACGAAUAUCUACAUUUAUCACUAAUCUUCAAGCGAAUUGUUCUAUGGGUGAAACUGAAUUUCUUCAAAUACAAUUUAAUAAAUCAUUACAUGAGCAUUUCUGUGAUAUUUUAAUUUGUGAUGAAAAUUCACACAAAUCUGAUAUUCGAUUUCGUCCAUUACCUGGAAAUAGUAUAUUCUGGUCGAACAUUAACGAAUUGAAACAAGUAGAACAUUUGACAUAUCAUUCUGGUCGUCCACCUGGUGAAAAUGGUUAUAAGAUUGAAUUAAAUACUUGGACACGUGAAUCUUCAUAUUCAGUAUUACGUGAAAAAUGA